AUGGCCUCUCAACCCCUGUUGAGCCGUGUGUGGAGUUGUGCUUCCUUGAAAGAAGCGCUUGCCAUGAUGGACGAUCAGAUUCUUCCUGAUGACCCUCAAGAACUCGCUCUCUUCGUAAAGGAUCUCCAGGCAAAGGUUGAGGAAACUUCAGCGGCAAUUGCGACAGCUGACACCAUCCCGGGUGAUGUUUCAGAAGAUCGCGCUUCUGAAGGCUUGAUGGUCAAGGAGGAAACUGAAAAUGCCUCGCCUGAACAUGGCGGGCAGAAGAAUGUCACUCCAGAAGAAAUGACAGACGACGAAGAUGACGAUAUGCUCUUCCUGGCCUUUAGCCAGUUCUUAGGAUCCCCAAGCCCGGCCGAAGAGGAGAGUCUCCUACUUGAAGACCCUUAUAUGGCACCGCCUGCAACUCCGCCAGUCAAAGAGACUUGGUUUUCCCCGCUUGGCAAGAAGAGCAACUCUGAACAGAACGUGCUGGGCGGCCCGGCCACUUCGCCAUCUACCACAGCUCCUGGCACUGCAAGCUCCGGUGGAGGCAACACACCUUCCCCGAACAGCGCUUCGGAGGUUGAAGCUGGUGGCAGCGGGACAAAACGUAUGGCUGGCAAACUGUUCACCUCUAGUGAGGUGGAGGUCAUGCGGGGAAAGUUCAGGAGACUUUGUGAACCCAAAAGGGACAGCGGGAAGAUUGAAGUCCCGGAUGACAUCUUCAAGCAGUACAAAGAAAAGGGGGCUGCAAGGGAGAAGUUGUUUGAGGCUUUCAUCAAGACGGGGUGCGAGAAGAAAGAGUUCCUGCGCACCGUCACCUUGGAGAAGAGCAUGGAGCGGAGCCAAGAGUUGGAACAGGAGGGCGGGUUUUACACUCCUGAAGAAAUGAAGGAUAUCCUGGGUUACAAGCAGCCAAGAAUUGACGCACUUGUCGAACGCGGCACCAAAGACCCAGAAUACAUGCUGGCCGAUGAUGUGGACCCGAAGAUCGUCUACUAUUGGUGCAAUGUCCGGACCAAGGGUACCUUUAAAAGAAGACAAGCCGAGAAGCUCAGUGACAAGACACAAGCUGAGGGUACCACAUCUUCCUUCAGUGGUGAAGUGAUGGGCGACAAGAUGGAUCUGUGCAUGUUGGGUCACAAGGGACCUUCCCAAAAGGACGAACAGAAGUCGAAGAGCCACAUGGUCGACCUGCACAUGAAGGAGAUCCUGGCCGUGAGUGGGAAGAUUGAGAACUUCAUUGAGAAGCUGUCUAGCAGUACGGCUUCCUCAGCACCAGAGGUGAAAGCGGACGCCGACACUAUGAGAACCACCUGCAACAAAGUGUACGAUGACCUUUCGAACCUUUGUGCUGCGUUCAAAGUUGGAGAGCUCAAGGAGAACGAAGAGACCGACAAGACCCUGGAUGAGAAGUUUGUUGAGAGCAAGAAACUGAUCUCUAAAUGGACAUCCUUCGAGAAGAAGAACCGGUCUCUCCUCCGCAAGCCAAGGGCUCCCAAGAAGGGCGCUGAUUGUGAUUGA